AUGGCGGACGAUCAAUCGUGGAAGACGAACAAUUUUCGGCAAAGUGUGGUGAACAAGAUCAAUGAGGCGAUCCAGCAAACAGGAAUGACCUCAUCGAAAAAUGGCAUCGAGAUGGAAAACCACGUCUUCCACAAGGCCCGCAACAAGGACGAGUACCUGGGCUUCGUGGCCCGACUGAUUUUGCACGUCCGCGAGAUGAACAGCAAACACAAGAACCAACAAAAUGCGGCCGCUGCAGCCGCAGCAGCGGCGGCCGCCCAGCAGCAGGAAGGGUCCAACACGAGCCAGCAGGGCGGUGGAGGCAUGCCGGAUCCGAUCAACGCACUGCAAACGCUGGCAUCGCAAGGAACGCGCCCGCAGAUGAUGGGCCAGAUGGGUCCCGGCGGACCGAUGGGUGGCCAAAUGGGCGGUGGCAAUGCGUCCAACUUGUUGCACUCGCUGCGCCCGCAGCUGCAGAUGGGAGGGAUGGCGGCCAUGCAGGCUGGCAACCGGGUCGGGAUGGGUCCGGGCCCCAACCAGAUGGGGGCCAUGAUGCAAAACCAGAUGCAGGGUCCGGGACCGGGCGCCGGAAUGGGAGGCAUGCCGGGCCAGAUGGGUGUGAUCGGACCGGGCGGCAUGGGCGGUGGUAAGAUCGUCGGAAUGGGUGGCCAACAGCAGCAGCAACAGAUGGCGCAGCUGAGUGCGAUGCAGGUGAACCAGAUGCAGGCGGCCCAGGCAGCCCAACAGCAGCAGCAACAACAGCAGCAACAACAGCAGCAGCAGCAGCAACAGCAGGGUGGCAUGGGACAGGGCCAGGGCCCUGGCGGAGUCCAGCAGAUGGGCGUCGUCCCGGGAGGGCCCGGGAACCAGAUGAAUCCGAUGGUGAUGGGACAGAUUCAGGCGCAGCUUCAGAACCAGAACACGAUGGGAGGCCAACAGAUGGGUGCCGUCAACCAGAUGGGCCCGAUGGGUGGCAACACGGGCAUGAAUCCGCAGAGCAUGGCCAUGGUCCGUCAGCAAAUGCCCCAGGGAGUCAACCCGAACCAGGUGCAGAUGGGGCUUGGCCCCGGCCAGAUGGGACAACUCGGACCCGGCGUUCAAGGUGUGGGCCCGGGUGGUCCGGGACCGAACAUGGGACAGCAGGUUGUUGUUCAGCAGCAGCAGCAGGUGCAACAGCAACAACAGCAACAACAUCAGCAACUUCAGCAACAUUUGCAGCAUCCCCAACAGCAGCAGCAACAGCAACAUCAGCCGCAACAGUUGCAGCAACAAAUGCAGAACCAACAGCAACAUCAGCAGCAGCUCCAGCAGCAACAUCAGCAACAACUCCAGCAGCAGCAGCAACAGCAACAACAACAUCAGCAACAGCACCAACAGCAACACCAGCAAAUGCCUCAGCAUCAGCAGCAUCCGCAGCUACACGCUCAGCAUCAGCAGCUCCAGCACCAGCAACAACAGCAGCAACAGCAACAAGUGCUACUGGGUGCCAUGGGACAGGGCGGUCCCGUGGUUCCGAUCGGGGGUCCGAUGGGUGGUCCCAUCGGUGGCCCGGGUGGUCCGGGCGGUGUUCCGAUGCAGGUGCAGGCGCAGGCCAUGCAACAGCAACAAGCGGGCGCCAUGGGACCGAAUGUCGGUGGCCCGAACCAGAUGAACCCGGUAGCGAUGGGCCCCGGAGGGGUAAUGUCCGGCGGGCAAAUGGUCGGUGCGCAGGGCAACUUUGUCGGUAUGGGCGGAAACCCGAUGGUGCGCAAGCCACCGGACAUGAUGCCGGGGGGAAACGUGUACCCGGGAGCCGGUGCCGGGGUACGGAGUGUGACGCCAAACAACUUCCUACGCCAAUCACCGUCACCAUCCGUUCCGUCACCGGCCGGACCGGGGGCACACGGGCCCCAAUCGCACCCGGGCCAGAUGAUUCCCAGCCCGGCACUGAUCCCGUCGCCCAAUCCGCACCCGAUGGGAAGCGUCCCGCAGCGCAUCGGCCAGUCACCGGGCCAGUCACUCAACACUCCCGGGCAGCCGGGCGGAGCGGUCCCGAGCCCGCUGAACGCUCAGGACGAGCAGCUGUACCGCGAAAAGUACCGCUCGCUGACUAAGUACAUCGAACCGCUGAAGCGCAUGAUCGCCAAGAUGGAGAACGACGAUAUUGACAAGAUUGCGAAAAUGAAACGGCUGCUGGAGAUCCUGUGCAAUCCGAGUGUGCGCAUCCCGCUGGAAACGCUGCACAAGUGCGAAGCGGCCCUCACUAGCCAGCUCGGGUCGAUUCGCGAGACGCCAACCAACAACCCACUGGUGGAGGCCGUCUCUAGCAGCUUGCAGAAUGCCACCGGGAACCACACGCUGCAACGGACCUUCCGGCCCUGUCUGGAGGCACUGUUCGGUCCGGACAUCAAGAACCUGCCGCCACCGGCCAAGCAGCCACGAUUGGCCCCGGGCGCCGGUGGUGGCGAAGAUUCAUCUUCCGGACCAGCGGUUGCUGGCAGCGGUGGUGCCCAGGGCGGCAGUGGAUCGACCACUGGAAGCACGGGAACCACUGGCAACACGGGCACCACCAGCACGACUGGCCCCAGCGCUGCCGGUGCCAGUGGUGGCGCGGCUAGUCAGGAAAUUCCGCACAUUCUGCAGGGCGAAAUUGCUCGGCUGGAUCAAAAGUUCAAAGUGUCGCUCGAUCAGUGCGCCCUCGGGGGGUGCAAAACGAUCAAGCUGAUCUGCUGGCUGGACGACAAGAAUCUGCCGUGCGUGCCACCGGUCGCGGUCACCAUCCCGGACGACUAUCCGUUCACGUCGCCCAGCUGCUCGCUGAUCGAACAGGAGUACAACGCGACGCCGUUCCUCAUCCUGGUGCAGCGUUCGUUUAUGGCGCGCAUCUGCAAACUGCCGGCCCUCUUCACCCUGUCGCACCUGCUGGACACGUGGGAGAUGUCGGUGCGGCAGGCCUGUUCGCCCAACCCGACCAUCGUUGCACCGACCACCACCAGCGUCCUGCUGGGGAUGUAAUCGUGUGGCCGCGGCGCGCGUGACCAUCUUUCUAACGAAAUAAAUAUUGAU